CCGAUUGGAUCUUCUUUCACCCAUCUUGUACCUGUGUUAUCAUCAUCUUUAGGCCGUUUUAUUUUCUACAUGUGAGAGACAAGUUUGACUUCUCUAGUUCUACAAGAGAGGAUAGUAUGAACGGUAACAAAGAUGACACUGAGCCGACAAUUAAAGAUGAGAGUCCAUUCGGAAAGCUUUCAGAGGAUCUCUUGAUAGAGAUAUUUAUACGAGUUCCAAUAACAAAGUGGGAUCAAAUAUCAUGUGUUAGAAAACAGUGGGCGAAUUUAUUCCGCGGAGAAUGCUUAUGGCAGGCUGCUCUUAAUCGUUUGUAUCCUCUUGCUAGCAAAACUAAGAGAUGGACUGGACCAAUCCGGCAAGGAUUAAGCAAACGGAGAUAUGUGGCUUUAUACAUCAGUAGAAACAUAUUAGGUGUGGAGACAGACAUAGAUGAGAUGCUUGGACAUAUUUACUUGUUCUUGAAAGACCAGCUUCAACUUUCCACUACUCCUGCUUCAGGCAUCUUGCACGGAACCCUCAUCGACCAAUUGAUUGUCUCUGGAAAAUCGAAAGAAGAAGCUGAUGAGCUUACGACAAAGAUCUGGCUGGCUCUUCUCGACAAUUUAGAGGACACGAAACAUACAUUCAUCGUGCUAAAAUCAAUCGCACAAGAAUAUGAUGGCUUUCUUCCAUAUCCAUAUUCAAGACCGAUCAAGAUGCAGUGGAAGGUGUUUGAGAAACUGUUUGUGGACUUCCGCGACUUGCUUGAUCAUCCAGAGUACUGCGACCUUAUAGGAAUUGCCAAGAAGAAGUUUCAAACCGUACCUUAUAUUUGUUAUCCACUCUUCUUCUUCUUCGAAAUGGUUCUCACGAAAGUGUUGCUGAUACUCGUUCUCUGCAUCUCAGUGUCAUCGACCUUGACGCAAUCCAACGAUGGAGGACACAUCUCAAUACUCGUCUCAAAAACGGGUCUUGAAUUUGCGAAAGAUUUUCUCAUAAACAGAGUGAUCUCUACGACGGUUCCGCUUCAGCUACCAGAUAUCGAGAAGAAGGUUAGAAUCCCUCUGAUCGGGAAAGUACGAAUGGGUCUAUCGAAUAUUCAGAUUGAUUCAGUUGAUGUCCAUUCUUCCAAGAUCGAGACUGGCAAAGAUGGAAUCUUUUUGAGUGUUUCAGGCGCGACAGCAAAUUUGAGUAUGGACUGGUCUUAUACUUAUAGAGCUUCCUUCUUUGAGAUUUCUGAUCAUGGAGAUGCUUUUGUUAAGGUUAAAGGAAUAGAUGUGAAAACCACUGUCACUCUGCUUGAUGAUAAUGGAGGUCUAAAGGUUGCCUCUCGGGAAAGUGAUUGUACAGUGGAAAACAUUGAUAUUCAUAUCAACGGUGGUGCUUCUUGGCUGUAUCAAGGGGUGGUUGAUGCAUUUGAAAAGACGAUCAUAUCUACUGUUGAGAACACUGUCUCUAAGAAAAUAUUGGAGAAGAUGAAGGAGCUUGAUUCUUUCUUACAAUCACUUCCAAAGGAGAGAAAGAUUGAUGACUCUGCUGCAGUCAAUCUCACUUUUACAGGAAACCCUGUAUUAGGAAAUUCGUCGGUUGAAGUUGCUAUUAGUGGUUUAUUCAUGCCAAAGGGUGAUGGUGUCAAAGUUUCAGGAUCUCCUUCUUCUUCCUUCUUUCGUGAGGUUAACAAAAUGGUGACAAUUUCAAUAGAAGAAGAAGUUUUCAAUUCCGCAACACUUGUCUACUUCAAUGCUAAGGUGAUGCAUUUAGUUAUUGGGGAAACAAAGAACGGGUCGAUUCUAAGCACGUCUGACUGGAAACUCAUCCUUCCAGAGCUGUACAAACAUUAUCCAGAUGAGAAAAUGAUGCUUAACAUGUCAGUAACAUCUCCUCCUGCUGUUAAUAUCACAGAGAAUGGAAUUGAUGCGACGAUUCAGCUAGACAUAGCGAUUGAUGUUCAAGACUCUGGAAAAGUCCUAUCCGUAGCACGCAUAUCAUCGGUUAUGAAUGUUGCGUGUUCUGCAGAAAUAGUCAAUGAAAACCUAACCGGUAGCCUCAGAUUAAAUGAUUUCAAUGCAACAAUGACGUGGAGUAAAAUUGGAGAGUUUCAGUCAAACUAUGUUCAGGCUGCUACGUCGAGGGUUCUUGAAGCCUUGUUCUUGCCGUACGUAAACACACGCCUCAAGAGAGGAUUCCCCUUGCCGAUUCCAAGCGAAUUCACGGUAAAAGACAUAGAGAUCGCUUAUGCUAAUAGUGCCAUUUUGGUCGGUACCAAUAUCGGAACUAGCACUAGCACAAACCACUACUAGUGACUCUUUUGUAUCACUUCUUAUAUUGUAUGUAUGAAUGUAUAGUAUGCAGACUCAAAGAUACACCCCCAAGCCUAAAGAAAAGUAACGACAUCUUUCUGAGAGGUUAAGUAAUGAUAUCUUUCUGACA